GUCUUGUGUUGUGUGUCUGUCUUAUCGGAUCCGAUAAGCGGACCAUUCGUUCAUUGAGGCGCACAUCCCAUUGUCCAGUGCUGUAGCGGUCGACAUACCCGAGCCCUACCACCACAAUGGCUGACUUGGAAGCGGUUCUGGCGGACGUCAGUUACCUCAUGGCGAUGGAGAAGUCAAAGUCCACGCCCGCCGCCAGAGCCUCCAAGAAGAUUAUUCUACCCGAUCCCUGUGCGAAGUGUAAUGCAUAAGUACUUGGAGAAAAUGAGCGAGGUGACUUUUGAUAAAAUUUUCAACCAGAAAUUAGGUUUUCUUACAUUUAAAGACUUCUGUGAGAAUGUAUGCGACGAAUCAGUUCCGCAAUUAAAGUUUUACGAAGAGAUUAAAAGGUACGAGAAGUUGGAGACAAUAGAGGAGCGACGACAGGCCGCCCGAGAGAUAUACGACAACUUCAUUAUGAAGGAGUUACUGUCGCACACACAU